UUGCGCCAAAGAUAAAAAAUAAAAAAUAAACAGAACCAUCAUAAACUGAAUACAGAAGCUGUUGUUUUGUUAACUAGCUAACUGUUAGCCAAAUAUAUGGAAUAUAUUUAUAUAUCUACUUUAACGUUAGCUAGUUAAGAAUAUCAUUGCACAUUUAGCUUAUGAAACGUAAACCAAGAAACGUAAACCAAGGAGUAUAUACUAUCCUGUAAAGUUUGUCUUUAGAAGUGACGUUUGUUUCCCAGUUACGCAACUCGGGUGUAAGAUGAGUGGAGAGGGUUCUGCUCACAGCUCCUGCAGAGGAGGGCAGAGGGGAGGGGGAUGGAGGGGAAGAGGAGGGGGAUGGAGGGGAAGACCAUGGAGAGGAAACUCACGCCCCCCCAGUGCUCAAAGAGGGUCCUCUCAGUCCCGUGUGUCUCAGACCACCCUGGACAGACUCUCUCCCUAUAAAGGCUGGGCCCUCUACUUCACUGAAGGUUUCAUAGAUAGUUCUCCGUAUGUGGAGAAGAUCAAAGUGUUUGAACACUACUUCACCUCACAGAUACACCUCUAUGACAAAGAUGAGAUUGAGCGUCAGGGCAGUGUGUUGGUGGACUAUAAGGCUCUUGUUGAGGAUAAGGAGGUGUGUAUGGCUCUUCCGGACCUGUCCAAUCAGCUGAGAGAACAACCAGAGACCACCCUCAACUGUCUGGGCCUCGCCAUACACCAGGUUUUGACGAUGGACUUGGAGAGACACGCUGCAGAGUUACAGGGGGAAGGGCUUUCUGGGGGAGCCACACCCAUCAUUAACAUACCCCACAUCAGCGCCAGGUUGUAUAACUAUGAGCCAUUGACAGCCCUGAGGACGCUGCGUGCGAGUGUUUUUGGUCGGUUGGUGUGUGUGAGGGGGACCGUGGUACGUGUCAGCAACAUCAGACCACUCUGCACACGCUUGGCUUUCACCUGCUCCGGCUGCUCACACACACACACACUCACCCUGCCACACGGCAAGUUCACCACGCCCACCAAGUGUGUGCAGCCACAGUGUCGCAGUCGUUCUUUCGUCCCCAACAGGAGCUCCCCUCUCACCCUCACUGUUGACUGGCAGAAUAUCAAGGUCCAGGAGCUGAUUGGAGGAGAGCAGAGGGAGGCAGGGCGGAUCCCUCGGACGGUGGAAUGUCACCUGACCUCUGACCUCUGUGACAGUGCGGUCCCUGGAGACACCGUUACUAUUACUGGAACAGUCAGAGUCAGCCAAGAUGACGGCGGCAGCAGGGGGAAGAAGGAUAAGUGUAUGUUCCUGCUCUACAUUGAGGCCAACUCCGUCAGCAACUCUAAAGGUCAGAAAGUGAAGGAGGCUGGAGGUCAGGGGUCAUCUGGAGGUGAAAGGUCAUCAGGGAUAGAGUUCUCUUUGAAGGAGCUGUACGCCAUCCAGGAAAUACACAGCCAACCUGAUCUACUGAAGCUCAUCGUACACUCCUUGUGUCCAGCCAUCUAUGGCCACCUGCUAGUAAAAGCAGGCCUGUCCUUAGCGUUGUUUGGAGGCAGUCAGAAGCAUGCUGAUGAUAAGAACAGGAUUCCCAUCAGAGGAGACCCUCAUAUACUGGUGGUGGGAGACCCUGGCCUGGGGAAGAGUCAGAUGCUACAGGCGGUGUGUAAUGUGGCUCCCAGGGGGAUCUAUGUGUGUGGUAACACUACCAGUACGUCAGGGCUGACCGUUACUCUGUCCAGAGACGCCGGCUCUGGAGACUACGCACUCGAGGCUGGAGCUCUGGUACUAGGAGACCAAGGGCUGUGCUGUAUAGAUGAGUUUGAUAAGCUGGGCCAUCAGCAACAAGCGUUACUAGAGGCCAUGGAGCAGCAGACCAUCAGUCUGGCUAAGGCUGGUCUGGUGUGUUCCCUACCUGCUAGGACCUCUGUUAUCGCUGCUGCUAACCCUGCUGGAGGACACUACAACAGGGCCAAGACGGUCUCCGAAAACCUCAAGAUGGGCAGUGCCCUCCUUUCGAGGUUUGACGUGGUCUUCCUCCUAUUGGAUGUUCCUGAUGAGUCGCAUGACCGCCGGCUGUCGGAACAUGUCAUGGCCGUCAGGUCAGGGAAGGGAGGGGCUUCAGGUGCCGUGGUUACACGAGGAGACUACCAUCAAUCACAGAGCUCGCUGCUGGAGCCCUCCGACACACCUCUUUCUGACCGGCUGCAGGUGUGUCCAGGGGAGUGUGUAGACCCCAUCCCCCACUCCCUGCUGAGAAAAUAUGUUGGUUAUGCCCGUCGCUACGUUCAUCCCUCGCUCUCUACUGCCGCUGCCCAGACGCUCCAGGACUUCUACCUCUCCCUACGCUCACACACACACCCCGUCGACAGCACACCCAUCACCACACGCCAGCUGGAGUCCCUCAUCCGCCUCACAGAGGCACGGGCGAAGCUGGAGCUCAGAGAGACAGCGACCAAGAGUGACGCUGAAGACGUAGUGGAGAUCAUGAAACACAGUCUGGCAGAUACCUUCUCUGAUGGUAGUGGAGGUCUGGACUUUGAGCGGUCAGUACUGGGUGUUGGGAUGAGUCAGCGUUCGGCUGCCAAGAGAUUUAUCACUGCGCUCAACACACACGCUCAGCGCACACACACCAUGUUGUACGACCUCACACAGCUACGCAGCCUGGCCAAGGACCUCAACAUACAGGUUGCAGACUUUGAAGGUUUCAUCAGUUCUCUGAAUGAACAAGGCUACCUGCUGAAGAAAGGACACAGACAGUACCAGCUACAGACUAUAUAACACACAAACAUCAUUUAAAGACCUGCUGUUACAUAAUGCAAUACACAUGUUUUGUAAAGAAUUGGUUGUUCUAUUCGUGAAUUCUUCCAAUACUGAGAUGUAUAUCUGUACAGUACCAGUCAAAAGUUUGGACACCUACUCAUUCCAGGGUCUGCUUCAUCUCCUCCAGCCUGGAGGUAUGUUGGGUCAUUAUCCUGUUGAAAAACAAAUGAUAGUCCCACUAAGCGAAAACCAGAUGGGUUGGCGUAUCAGUGCAGAGUGCUGUGGUAGCCAUGCUGGUUAAGUGUGCCUUUGAUUUAUUUAGAAUUUGACUGUUUAACCAGCAAAGCACCCCCAGACCAUCACACCUCCUUUUCCAUGCUAAACGGUGGAAACCACACAUGCAGACAUCAUGCUUUCACCUACUUAAAUCUCCCAUUUGGAAUCCAGACCAAAGAACAGAUUUACACUGGUCUAAUGUCCAUUGCUCGUGUUUCUUGGCCCAAGCAAGUCUCUUCUUAUUGAUGUCCUUUAGUAUUGGUUUCUUUGCAGCAAUUUGACCAUGAAGGUCUGAUUCACAGUCUCUGAAAAGUUGAUGUUGAUGUGUCUGUUACUUGAACUCUGUGAAGCAUUUAUUUGGGCUGCAAUUUCUGAGGCUGGUAACACCAAUUAACUUAUCCCCUGCAGGUAACUCUGGGUCUUACUUUCCUGUGGCGGUCCUCAUGAGAGCCAGUUUCAUCAUAGCGCUUGAUGUUUUUUUUGCGACUGCACUUGAAACUUUCAAAGUUCUUGAAAUAUUCCAUAUUGACUGACUUUCACCUUGAGUAGGUGUGUCCAAACAUUUGACUGGUACUGUAUAUUAAUAUAUAACGGGUUAAUACAUUAAUAAUGAAUCUGUUUUAAUAUGAAUUCCUGACCAAUGUUAAUGUAUUUUGACUAUUUGUAUUGUGCAAAUCUUGUAAUUUAACUGCUUUGGGGACGAAUGUGAUAAAAUAAAUAAGCUAGAAA